AUAUGUUUAUACGAUUAUAUAUAAUAUAAACUUAAGUUUAAAAUGUAUUGUUUCCUUGAAAUAAAAUUUGAUAUAUAAAGAAUACAUUACUAUGAUUUACUGUAAUUUUUUUAGUAUUAACAUACAGUACUUUCGAAUGAAAUAAAAUAAAAUAAACAGAACACAAUGACGGCAGAAAAAAAGCCCACCAUUAUGGAAAGAUUAAUCGUGUUAAGUGAAACUGAUAUUAAAAAACUUAAGGUUAUCAGUUAUGGAAUUGCCAGUAUAAGUUUAGUUGUUGCACUUUAUCGAAUAAAACCUUUUGCUAAAUUUAGAACACCAUCCAGUAUACCUUCUCGUUUUAUACAAAGAAAAGUUCAACUACAAGGUACUGUGAAACAAAUAGAUCCUAGUUGUGGUACGCUUCUCAUGGUUGAUCACAAGCCAUUAAUACCCUUGCCCCGAUUAAGCAGUCCUAAAUAUCUACCAGUUAAAAUAGCCGGACUUGACAUUACAACUAAUGGUAUUAGCUGGUUACAAACAGUUAUUGGCCAACGGGAGAUAACUUUCAUACCUGUGACCAAAGAGAAAGAAUACUUGAACUGCAUAGUUCUUCUGAAACAAAAUCAGGAACAUGUAAAAAUUGGCGAAGAGUUAACGAAAGUUGGUUUUGCUUUAAUAAACAAAGACUUUCCAAAGUUAACAUCAAAGGAUAAAGAUGUCUCAAACUAUCAGAAAUGUUUAUUAAAAUCACAGAAAUGGGCGCAAAAUAAAAGAAAUGGAUAUUGGCAUUUCAUUAUACGUCCUACUGUUUUAUGGAAAAUGAAACAGAAUUUAGCUAAAAAAGUAAAAGACAUACUACCCUCGUUCAUAAUAAAACAGCUCAAUAUUUGAGCGUAGCUUUAUUGUUUUAUUCUUUUCAUAAAUAUUCAUCAAAUGAUAUAAAGGAGAUUAAUACAUACUUUUGUGAUGUACUUAAACAUCUGUUAUCUGUUUUCUUUUUUAAAGGAAUAAAUAGUAACAAUUAUAAGUCAA